CCCGGUCCUUGCUCAGCGCUCUACACCGCCCUGCCCACCCGCCACACCCUCUUUUAGUCCAGCUGGCCCCGCCCACUUCCCCCCCCCCCGACAAACGCCCCGCCCCCUCGGGCGGUCCUCGCUCCUUCGCCGGGGGGCCUCGCCUCUGCCUCCGCUUCGCCUCCCGGUCCCGGCGUCGCUGUGCGGGCUGCGAAGCUCCCGGGACCCAGAAGCACUCGGGCGCCGGCAGAGCGGCGGGGCUGUGUAGCUGCGCCAUGGCCGCGUCGGCGUGGUGCUGCCUGCGCUGCUGCAGGGACGGCGGGACUGGCCACAUUCCUCUCAAAGAGAUGCCGGCCGUACAGUUGGACACACAGCACAUGGGAACAGAUGUUGUCAUCGUGAAAAAUGGAAGAAGAAUCUGUGGCACCGGAGGUUGUUUAGCCAGCGCACCCUUACAUCAGAACAAAAGCUACUUUGAGUUCAAAAUCCAGUCUACCGGAAUCUGGGGUAUAGGUGUUGCAACUCAGAAAGUUAACUUGAACCAGAUUCCUCUUGGCCGUGACAUGCAUAGCCUGGUGAUGAGAAAUGACGGAGCCCUGUACCACAACAACGAAGAGAAAAACAGGCUGCCAGCAAACAGUCUUCCUCAGGAGGGAGAUGUAGUGGGUAUAACAUAUGACCAUGUAGAACUAAAUGUGUAUCUGAAUGGGAAAAACAUGCAUUGUCCAGCAUCAGGUAUCCGAGGGACAGUGUACCCAGUUGUAUAUGUUGAUGACAGUGCAAUUCUGGAUUGCCAGUUCAGUGAAUUUUAUCAUACUCCUCCACCUGGUUUUGAAAAAAUACUAUUUGAGCAACAGAUCUUCUGAAUGAGUUUGUUUUCAAAACUUAGACUUCUGCACCAUCACACAAGCGCUUACCACUUAAUAAAGCUCCUCUUGAUCUAGAGACAAAAACACAUGCUGAACAGUGAGCUUCUUCUUGUUGUCUAAGAAACCCAUGUAUUCAUUAUACCAUGCCGAGGUUUGAUUUAAAAGAUCUAGGCAACUUAUUUAAUCUUAUUUAAACAAAUAAACCAUGGGUUUGAUUAUCAGUAUUACGUGGUAACAUGUAUAUAAAUAUUUAAAGGGAAUUUUUUUCUUAUAUAAAGUAUUUGUUUGACAGUGAUGCGUAAUUGAGUGAUAUUUUUUUGUCAUCCUGAACUUGAGUCACCAUAGUCUGUAAUCCAAUAAUUUUCUGUCUCCUUGUCGUUUUUGAUAAAAUGAAAUGGCAGAAAUGUACAUGCCUGGCAGCUUAGUUCUGCUGAUAUACUCCUCUUUCCAUGGACUACUUUUCUUAAAACUGAAACCGCUUCUUUUGCUGUGUUGUAUCCCUGCUUUCUGUUUCCUUUUUGAAAGAUGAGAAAGUUAUCAGACCAUCUUGUUGAAGACCAUCAAGAUGAUCGAGUGGUCACUGUGCAUAAUACACUGGCCGACAUCUGUAGGAGUUAUGAUGCUUUAAAUAUACAUAAGCCAAGUGUGAAGGCACACACCUUUGUUCCCAGCAUUGGGAGACAAAGUCAUGUCGAUCUCUGUGAGUCUGAGGCUAGCUUAGUCUAUAUAGUGAGUAUUAUAAAAGUGCCAGGACAACCAGGGCUCUGUAGGGAGAACCUGUCAAAAAAAAAUCUUAACUGUUUGCUAUAAGGAAUAAUAAAAAUGUAUCCAGUAUUGUAUUUAGAACAUUCUUCCUGUUUUGUUAAUUAUAUGGUAAUAGUUACAGAAAUUUUGAGACAAGUGACUCCUGAUGGUCCUGAGCCUUUGAUCUUCUUAAGUCACUGUGUAUUAGUUAACAACCUGACUAAGUUAAUCAUGUCUUCAGACAGUACAUUCUUUUUCUCAAAUAAGCAUAGUCAGGAAUCAUCACAACAAGUUGUAUGGCGUGUGGGGCAAGGAAAACAUGGGCACUAGGAUUCACAGUUGCCCAGUGUCCUUCUGUCUUCUGCUGAGUUUGUCAGAGUUAACCUUACACCAAGGGUAAUCGUUCUGACAUGCUGAGAGCCUGUGACUAGUUGAUGGUGUGUGUGAAAUGCUUUCAUUAUCAGCACUUAAUAAAGCCACAUUAGUUGUGAA